AUGGAACGUACCAAGAACUCGGAAGCAUUCGGAGCUCAGCAUAGCGACCAACAGCCAAACGAAGCGGCUGCAGCUGAGAACCUUGGACCGGCGCUUCCGAACGAGUCGGUCCGUGGCGCACUGGUUCUUUCGUACCUCAUUGAAAGAGGUUAUGAACGCUCGGCGCGGGCUCUCUGCAGCUCUGUUCGAUGCUGCGACGCACCAAAGGUAGAUUUGGUGAAAAACGUUGGUUAUAAGAGCCUCGCGGACCGCAGACGCUGGACAGCAAGUAUUCUGGAGGACGGAGACAUUCAUAAAACGGUACUGGAGGCUGGUAUGUGGCUCGCUGAGCACACCAGUCACGCUGUGUGCUUCUCUGGUGAACAGAUGGGCUUUCCCGUGACUUUUCCUGCUGUUUGGGAGCCGUUUGUCGCAAUUAAAUCUCUGCAUCCAUGGUUUGCUUUCCGAGCAUGCCUUCAGCAGUACGUUGAAUACCUGCGAGACGGAAAGGCAGCCCAGGCGAUAUCAUAUGCACGACAUUACCUGCGCGUUGCUCUGUGGGAGCAACUGCUACCGACGGAGACGGAGCCCGACGCUGGAUCCUGGAUUGAGCUUCUCGAGGAUCACCUCGUCUUACUGGCGUUUACGAAUCCCGAAAAGAGUCCUCUCGGAAAACUCAUGGCAACUGAACGACGUAAGGACAUCGCGGAUGAACUGAAUGCUUUGGUUGUGGCAUGUGAGCGCAACCAGACCGGUCUGGGAAGCGCGCUCGAACGGAUGUUGCGCCAUGUAUGGGCGAUGAGCGCUCUCCAUGAAGAGAUGCGAACCAGCGAUGCGAACGUAUUCUGGCAAGAAAUAGAGGCAAAAAGCUUCUCAGAGUAUAUGCGGCAACCCGAUCCUGCGCUGUGA